UCCGAAACGAGCUUUUCAAGCGGGCAGUGGAAAGACAGCUUUUCUCUGGAAGAAUCAACCGGCCAUUAUAAUGCAUUUGAAAUCCAGACCUCUCUUGCCUCGACUUGAGACUUUACAUGUCACCAAAUAAAAGCAUUGACUAGAAUAAAUGAGCAUGCGCGCAAGGCCAAGUUCCAGCUCUCUCCGCGAUGCUGACUCGAGUUUCCAAAACAUGGCAAACUGGAAUCGUAAAGUUUCAUGACCGAUAGCCCCAGAGCUUAGAGUAGAGUCGCAUGGGAUAUCUACAAGUCCAUCAAUAGGCACGAUUUGGCAUGUGAACUACGGCGAAAGAGGCACGAAGGAAUUUGGGAAUAUGCAGCCUCAGUGACUACUGCCAAGAGUAGAAUUGCCCAUGUCCGGGCGUAAAGAUGUGGCACAAAAGGUAGAAAGAAAACAUAAUAUAUGACCGUGAAAAGAAAAGUGAGUCUAUCACGUUGGGAUACGGGAUAUGACAAAGCUGCUCGUGACCCAAUACGAGAUCAAGAUAAAAUCUUUCCCACAUAUCUGCAUCAAUCCAUCUCAUUACAAGCCCAGCGAGGCAGGGCCCAGACCAACUUCUUCGGGCAUUUCAGAACCAUCUUUAACUCGGCUGGGGAAAAUCGAACCCAGCUGAAAUCGCCCAGCAACGCCAAUCUACUCUCGAGCAGAAGCCCCAUGAGAACUCCCUCUCACUCUUACCAUGUGACAGGCUGCCAGGGAGGGAGGGAGGGAUGGAGGGAGGAGGGCGAGGAAAGGUGGAAGGAAAGGGAGUAAAUCUUGUAGAAGAAGUCAAGCGAUGUAAAGGCCUCCAUGGUGUGACUUACCUGGCACUCCGCGAGUAGGUGAGGUGCAGUUAAUGAGCUUGUUGACUUGUAUCUGCAGCAGCAGUGAAGGGAAUUUUAAAGUGCGAGUGAGUGAUCGCCGAGGCUGUUGACUUGAGGCUCAAGCUUUCCGAACAGCAGAGAGAGAGAGAGAGAGAGAGGGAGAUGGAUAUGGUGUAGGGGAAAAUUUGGCCUCCGUCGGAGUCUGAGGUUGCAAGCUGGAGAUUUGGACUGCUGCACUGACUUAUGACCCACUGACUCACACCAUUAUGAUUAUGGGAUGCUUCAACUCGCUCUCGUAGUCGCCGAUUACAACACAACGGCAUGGCCAUACGGACCAAACCUUCAAAGAAGCCCCAAUGAGAAACUCCAAGUGUCAAUGCCCACAGCUGUAAAAAGGCUUGUCACGAGCCGCAUGAUUAAAGCUUCGGGCGAGAGGCCUAAUAGUCUAAGAGGGCAGGGACGCAUGAUUGAAAAACCUAACCCCGUACUGCGCCAUGUCUCGCCGGGGCCGCCCCUCCGUCGCACCCCAUAACUUCUGGCCUUGUGUUGUGGCUCACAAGAUGCAUCCGAGACUCUGAAGACGUCCGCAAAUAAUGAACAAAUCUGCGCUACUAUGAUUAUGUUCCCCUGCCCGAGUCGCCCGUCUUAAAUCUCCUCCCUCCCUCCGCCUCCGUUCCUUCGCUGGGACUUUAUCCUACCCUCCGGCAGGAAAA